AUGAAUUCAACACAAGAAACUUCUAGCUACAUAUCAAAAUCAAGAAAAUUUCAUGAUUCAUGGGCGUUUAUACUAUAUGCAAUAACAUUUUUAGGAUUUUCUACAUAUGCAAUUGUCAAAGAGAAAAACUUCUUAUUAAAUUUGUCUUUCACUAAGCCAAUAAUUGAAAACGGCUUAUUUUGCUCUAUUGUUGUGCUUGUGGCAAUAACUAUUAAUUUUGUAGGAUUUCGGUUUAUUCCCGUUUUAUUCUUAAAAGCAACAGUUUGUACAUUUCCUUUAGUUCUGAUGGCUACAACGCUUUUUUUUGAGUUAAGUACAAUGUCAUUAUUUUAUUCAUUAUUUGCUAUAUUUCUUUGGGCAGCGUUUGUAUAUAAAAAUUGGUGUUAUCUUGGUGUUGUGGGCAAGACAAUGUGUAUUGGUGUAAAAAUUAUGAUAGAAAAUUUUUUUACUGCCUUAAUAGGAAUAAUUAUGUGCCUUUCACUGAUAAUUCUACAGAUUUUUUUAAUGACACAACUAAGAAUUGAAUUAUCACUACAUCAGGCAAAAAUGCAGGAUAAUAUUUUUUCUUUUUUUUAUGUUCUGAGUCUUUUUUGGACUUUUAUUAAUGCUCUAUAUUUUUUUAAAGUUUAUGUAACAUCCGUUGUAUCAUACAAUUUAGUGGAAUUUGGAGAACAUUCAAGAAUGUCAUCAGUGAUAAAAAAUACAAUGUAUGCAUUGGGUAGUAUAUGCUUUGCAGGACUGGUAGUUGCAGCAGUAUCGACGUUGAGAUUUUUUGUAAAUCAAGAAAAGCGCAGGAGGUCAAGAAAUAAGGAAGAAGGCGAUAUGAUUGCCAUUAUUUUAUGUAUUAUGGCUUUACUAUUAAGUCUUUUAGAAGACAUAAUUAAAUUUAUAAACACGUUAACUCUUCCUUACAUAGCAAUACAUGGUGGGGGAUACGUUAAAUCGGUUAAAAAGUCUUAUGAUAUAUCUAUGAGGCAAAAUCCUAUUGCUGCAAUUGGGAUGACGGCUUUGAACAUUUCGUUGUUUAUAACACAGGUUUCAGUCACAAGUAUUUGUCUUGGGCCUUCAAUAUUACUUGCUAAAAUUCAUUUAAACGACUUGAUAAUUCUUAAAUCUAUACUUGUUAGUGUUUCUAUUCCUUUGGUAUGUUUUUCUACAGUAAUGAUGGUAUUUUCUUCGGCUUUCCUUGGUAUAAUUUACAUCAAAACAGAAAGCGAAGAUUUAAUUAUUAGCAAAUAUAAAUCAGAGAUUAAUGCAGCAUUUGAAAAUAAAUAA